AUGUCCUUUUGCUAUGCGAAUGACAAAACAAUUGAUCAAGCAUCAUCAUCACAACAUCAGUAUGUACAUGUAAUGCCUGAAUCACCAUUACAACAUAAAUUAUCAUCAACUAAUUCAACUAGUUCUGGUCACGUUAGUCGUGUUAGUUCCGAUAUGACUCCAAAUUCCCAAUUAGAACAUGAAAAACGUGUACGACGUGAAAUAGCUAAUUCAAAUGAACGUCGUCGUAUGCAAUCAAUAAAUACUGGUUUUCAAAGUUUAAAAAUUCUCAUUCCUCAUUCAUGUGGUGAAAAACUUAGUAAAGCAUGUAUUCUUCAACGAGCUGCUGAUCAUAUAAAGAGUCUUGAAAAUGAAAAACUUAAAUUACAAUCUCAAAAUGAACAAUUUCGUAUAUUAAUAAAAAGUUUUCAAAUUGAUUCAACAAGUGUUUUACAAACACAAAGACGUUUAUCAACGAAUGAUUCAGAUGAAACUGUUCUAUUACUUGGUAAUAACGAUGAAACAAAACCUAUAGUAAAUAAUGUAUUUGAUGAUGUUAAAAAUCGUCAUACAUAUUGGCAUGCACAAUAUGUUCAAACACAAAAAGAUGAACAAUCAUCAUCACAAAUUGAUAAAUAUUAUCGAACUGUUAAACAAUCAUCUACACCAGCAACAACAUCUGAUACAACAUAUAUGAUUGUUAAACAAAGUCAACCUAGUCAACGUUACUAUAAAACAAAUUCAGUUGAUCAAAAUAAUGAUAAUGGUAUUGUUAUUGUUGAACGUUGUCAACUUCGAACACAAAGUGUUGAUACAAAUAAUACUGUAUCAAGACGAAAUUUACAAACAAUUGUUGAAGCUAUUCGUCAUUUAGAAGGUGAUGAUGUAUUAGCUAAUAUAAAUCAAUCACAACAAUCUUCAUCAACAACAUUAUCAUCAUCAUCAUCAUCAUAUCAAAAAGAAGAUUUACCAGCACAAAUAAAAGCAAUGAUUAAUGAAAAAUUUCAACAAACAAAUAAUAAAAAUCCAUCAUCACCAUCAUCAACUAAUACAAUAUAUCAACAAACAAUAAAUAUUCAUGAACAACAACAACAACAACAACCAAUAACAUCUAUAAAUCAUACUAUUGAUGAUUUACAUCAACGACCACCAAAAAAAAGAAAAAUAACUUAUAAUGAAAGUGAUGAUACAAUUAUACAUAGACAAGAUUUACCACCUAUAUCAAGUCCAGAUGUUCAUCAUCAUGAACAAAUAUCAAGUGAAUCAUCACCACCAUCAACAGUAGCUCGUUUAUUACAAGAACAUUUAAUACAACGUACUUUACGCUAUACACAACAUUAA